AUGUUUAAGAAAAGAUCUUUAAAUAAUUUAAAAAAUAGAAAAAAGAUAGAAGAUAUAAAAAAUGAAGAUGAGAACAAUGGAGAAAAUAUAAAAAAAGAAGAAAAUAAUAUAGUUGACGAAAAAGAUAUACUUCAAAACAAAAAGAAUAAAAAAGAUAAGGAAAAUAGUGAUGACGAUGUAGUUUGUAAAUAUUUAUUUAAAAAAAAAUUAAAAAAAAUGAACGAAGAAAAGUCUUUACAUUUAAAAAAGCAAAAUAAAUUGAUACAAUCAAAAAGUGAAGAUAUUAAAGAAGUGAAUACAAAUAGAGAGGAUAAUAUAUACAAGGGUGAUAUUAAUGUUUCAAAAAAUUAUGGGAGUUAUGAAAUAGAUCAAGAUACCAGACAUGAUCAUAGAGCAAUAAUGGAAAGAAAUAUUAAAAUAGGAGAAGAAAUAUUAAAAGGAAAUUUAAAAGACAAUAUUUAUAGAGGUAAAGAUGCUUAUGAAAAAGCAUUAAUGAUAAAAAAAGAUAAUUUAGCUAAAAAUAAGUUUACGGGGUUAUAUGGACCUGUAAGAAGUAGCGGAGCAAAUGUUAGAAUGACUUUAAGAAUUGAUUAUGAACCCUGUAUAUGUAAAGAUUAUAAAGAGACAGGAUAUUGUGGUUUUGGGGAUACCUGUAUUUAUUUGCAUGAUAGAAGUGACUAUAAAAGUGGUUGGAAGAUUGAACAAGAAUAUGAAGAAAAAAGAAAAAGAAAUGAAGCUUUAAGAAAAGAAAAAUUAGAAAAAUGGAAUGAAAAAAUGUUAAAAAAGUUAAAAGAAAAGGAAAAAACAUUAAUUAAUUUAAAUGAUAAUAAUGAAGAAAAAAAUGAGAAUGAGAAUGAGAAUAAGAAUAAUGAAAAAUCUAUAUCAUCUUCAUCUGUACUGUCGUCUUCCUCAGAGAAAGAAAAUUUAUCUGAUACAAAUUCAAGUGAUGAUGAAAAUUUUCUUCCUUUUGCAUGUUUAAAAUGUAAAAAAAAAUGGAAACUAGAAAUGAAUCCAAGUGUUACUGAAUGUUUACAUUAUUUUUGUGAAAAAUGUUUUAUUGAAAUGUUUCAAAAAAAUAAAAAGUGCAUUAAAUGUGGAUUACAAUUAAGUGGAAUUAUGAACGCUGCACAAAAUAUUAUUGAUCUCAUAAUUAAAAAAAAGGUUUCCAACUAA